AUGCUCCAGGAUAUGGGUGCGAUCCGCGAGGAUGGUAGUGACAAGUUUUUUGGGAUGGAGAAUGUGAGUCUGGCUGUGUCUACGGUAAUACCUGUUAUUGCUGUCGUUAAUUACCCGACCCGAACUCCUAUAGAGAGUCUGGAAGCGGCGCUGGCAAAUACUCUUCGCUAUCAAAACUUCGCCGCCAACUUGGAAGCCGAGGCGCUGGCCGAGAAACAGAAAGCUGCCAAUGCCCAGCGUCCUGGCGCGCCUCCGAAUCAACCGCAAAAACCAGAGGACAAAGACUCGCCUGAAUAUAAGAAGAAGAUGGCAUUACAGACGCUGCCCCUCUUGGAGACUAAGAACAACGCGACCAGCUAUGGAAUGUCAGAGUCCCUCUUCACGUCGUUGAAAGACUUAUUCGAGUCUGUUGUCGCAAGCCAGUCACGGAUAGGUAUAAUCCGACCACAGCACUUUUUGGAUGUUCUCCGACGCGAACACGAAAUGUUUCGGACUGCCAUGCAUCAAGAUGCCCAUGAAUUCCUAAACCUACUUCUCAACGAAGUUGUUGCGAACGUGGAGGCAGAGGCAUCUAAACAACCUGAACCAGAGAGAAGUCUUCCUCCAGCUGAAAGCGCAGACUCGACUGAGCUAUCGGGAAGUUCAGGCUCUAAAACACCCAACACUACUCGCUGGGUACAUGAAUUAUUUGAAGGGACUUUGACCUCGGAAACACAGUGUUUAACUUGCGAGAAGGUUUCGCAACGUGACGAAGUUUUCUUGGACUUGUCGGUAGAUCUUGAACAGCACUCGUCGGUUACGUCGUGUUUGAGGAAGUUCUCAGCGGAGGAGAUGCUUUGCGAAAGAAACAAGUUCCACUGUGAUAACUGCGGUGGUCUUCAAGAGGCGGAAAAGAGGAUGAAAAUCAAGCGCCUGCCUCGGAUUCUGGCCCUGCACCUCAAACGAUUCAAAUAUACCGAAGACCUGCAACGACUUCAAAAGCUGUUCCAUAGGGUUGUAUAUCCCUAUCACCUUCGCCUUUUCAAUACGACAGACGAUGCGGAGGACCCGGAUCGUUUAUACGAGCUGUAUGCAGUGGUGGUGCAUAUCGGUGGCGGGCCAUAUCAUGGACACUAUGUCGCCAUUAUUAAAACACAAGAUCGCGGAUGGUUGCUGUUUGACGAUGAGAUGGUAGAGCCUGUGGACAAGAACUAUGUCCGUAAUUUCUUUGGUGACAGGCCAGGCCUCGCCUGCGCCUACGUCCUAUUCUAUCAGGAGACCACACUUGAGGCUGUUAUGAAAGAACAAGAGCAAGAAAACAUGGACCUAAACACGAGCGUCGCCGAUAUCAACGACUCAACCUUAAAACAGAAUGGCUAUCCUCUAUCUCCAGGGUUGGCCCAUGUUCACAGCGCAUCUCAGAUACCAUCACCCAGUGAACCAGCCCGAUUCAGCAAUCUCCAACGGGCCCCUACUGCACCUCCUUUAUUCCCUCACCCGGAACAUGCAGACUCUGAAAGUUCCCCCGCAGAUCCUUCGACUACUGCAUCUGCCACCCCUCCUGUUCCACCAAUACCGGACAUUCAUUCUCUCCCUCUCAGCCCCAAGAAGAGCGACUCUCAUUUCAAAAAGGAACGGGCCAAAGAGGAAAAGGAGCGAAAAGCAAACGAGAAAGAAAAAGAGAAACAGCGCCGGAGGGAUCAGGAAGCGAGAAUCAGAGAACAGCGACGAGAGGAUGCUGAAAUCCGAGCUGCGCUCGAGGCGAGCAAGGCGUCCAAGGCCGAGGAAGAUCGUCGACAUUCCCCCGAUGACACCAAGAAGUCAAGCCAUGGCUUGAGCCGUCUGAAGCGCGGUAGCAAGAGCUUCAGCCAUCGGCUCGGCAAAGAUAAAGAGAAUCGAGUUUCUUCAUCCAGUCACUCAGCAACACCUAUUGCGGAACACCCACCAUCAAGAAACGGGGCCUCCGAAUCACAGCAACAACUACCUAACGGCCAAUCUCCAGGUUCUCAUGGCUUACAUACUAGACAUACAGGACUGGAUGAAGAGCGGGAUACACUCAAAGAUCCCAAACACGACAGAAGCGGACAUCAUGGAAAAUGGAGGAGUUUCAGUCUCAAGAAGAAGUCAUUUAGCAUUCUUUCAUGA